AUGGUCAAGGGGUCAUAUCACUGCCGAACAAAAGAAAAGAUUGCGAAACCUUUGAUUCUAACAGCCCCGUUAAUAUUUGAACAGCUCGCUGAUGGUUCGGAAUCUGAGACUGCAAGUCCAAAUGAGCUUCUGAUUGUGUCUCGAGAGAAUGAUCCUUCACCUGAGAAUCCAAAUCCAAACGAGCUCCUAAUUGUGUCUUGGGUAGAUGGUUCUUCACCUGAGAAUGCAAAUCCAAAUGAGCUCCAGGUGUCUCGAGAUGAUGGUUCUUCACCUGAGAAUGCAAGUCCAAAGAAGCCCCUGAUUGCGUCUCGAACUGAUGGUUCGGCGCCUGAGAUUGCAAAUCCAAAUAAGCUCCUGAAUUUGUCUCAGGUAGAUGGUUCUUCACCUGAGAAUGCAAAUCCAAAUGAGCUCCUGGUAUCUCGGGAUGUUGGUUCACCCGAGAAUCCAAAUCCAAAUGAGCCCCUGAUUGUGUCCCGAGCUGAUGGUUUGGCACCUGAGAACGCAAAUCCAAAUUAA